GGGGCGAAUAGGGAUAAGAUAUAUCGGCGGGCUGAAUCGAUGAUUCAGUUCGCAAUUCAGACCAUAGUCGAGACAACGCUUCACUUUGCAAAAACCGUCACUGUUCCCCAAGUUAAUCUGAUAGCCAUUUAUUAAUCACUCCUAAUUAAGCUGCUUAAUUGAGAUCCAUUCUUGAAUAUUACUUCAAUAUUAAUCAUGGUUGACGACGACGAUCGGGACGGCCUCCGCCUUAAAUCCCAGAUAUACACUCUCCUUCUCAUCUUCGGAUCGGCGGCUCUCAUCAUCGCCGCCUACCAACUCCUCAAGCUCACUCUCCGCCGCCGCCGCCGCCAACCCGCCCCGGUUUCCGUCGGACAAGGUCGGGGAGGGCCGACGUCGACGGUACCGCCGGGAAGCUCGGAGAAUUCAAUGGCGCAGCUCAUCCCGGCGCAUAAGUUUCGGAAGGGCGGGGCGCUGGCCGGACCGGACGCCGGGGACGGCACGUGCCCGGUGUGCCUCUGUGACUUCGAGGAGGGCGAAGAGCUUCGUAGUUUGGGCGAAUGCAAGCACUCGUUUCACGUCGAUUGCAUUGAUAUGUGGUUGUACUCGCACUCCACCUGCCCCGUUUGCCGGGGCGACGCCGUGCCAUCGCCGGCGCUGCCCCAUGGUUCCAGGCUCUUGGACGUGGCUUGACUUGACGAGGGUCUGGAGUCUGUAUUAGUGUUGCAUAAUGAGUGAUUAAUUAAAUU